GUGAGAGAGUGUUGGAGAGAAAGGGGGAAAAAGGAAGGAGAGCCUUGGUUUGCCAGCGGUCGCACACGCUCUUCCAGCAUCGAUUGGGUCCUCUCCUUUUUUUUUGCCCAUUCGGUGGUGGUGCUGUGCCCCCCCCCCGUCCCAGGCUGUCCUUGUGAGUCCUACGCAGGGCCCAUAGAAACUCCGCAGACACCACGCACUGGCCUGCCAGGCAUUUUUUUCCUCUUUAGAUUUUUAAAAGCAGAAGAGGAGUGUGUUCGUGUAAGCGGCUUUCCCCUUUGCCUUUUUUAUUACGCGUUUUUAUACUGGGGGGCCACACACCUUCUCUGUGCUUUUUUCUCCUUUUUGCUGUUAUUUCUCCUGCUCAGUCUAUUUCUCUUUUAAAAAUCUGCCUCUUCCCUCUCUUGCUGUACCGUCAGGACUCUUUUGCUGGUGUUGUUCCUGUGCCCCCCCCCCUCCCCCCGGUUUCCUCUUUUUUCGUACUUUUUUUUUUUUUUUUUACCAAUUCCACUGGACAAUUGGGGCUUUUUUCCCUGCCUUCUUCCACUUUCCUUUCUCUCUUUUUUCUUCCCCCCAUCUCUUCUUGUAGCAGUUUAUCUUAAGUGGCUGAUACAGACAGGGAUCCGAGCACCGAGAAUUUUUUCUUUUCCCUUGCAAUCGACGUGCUGAAUUUAUGAUGAGAGUGCAAAAUGGCGACGUUUUUCCUGGCGCUUCCUCCCGACCCCUCACGCCGCGUCCGACGGGAACUCGGUCGCCCCCCGCCGCCCCGGUGUGCCACGCCACUAACCGCGCUCUCCCCCUCUCCCUCCUGGCACCGCAGGAUGAGUUCCACCCCUUCAUCGAGGCCCUGCUGCCACAUGUUCGGGCCUUCUCCUACACCUGGUUCAACCUGCAGGCGCGCAAGCGCAAGUACUUCAAGAAGCACGAGAAGCGCAUGUCCAAGGACGAGGAGCGCGCCGUCAAGGACGAGCUGCUGGGCGAAAAGCCGGAGAUCAAGCAGAAGUGGGCGUCGCGACUCCUCGCCAAGCUACGCAAGGACAUCCGGCCCGAGUUCCGCGAGGAUUUCGUGCUGACCAUCACGGGCAAAAAGCCACCAUGCUGCGUGCUGUCCAACCCCGACCAGAAGGGCAAGAUCCGGCGCAUCGACUGCCUGCGGCAGGCCGACAAGGUGUGGCGGCUGGACCUGGUGAUGGUGAUCCUCUUCAAGGGCAGUCCUCUGGAAAGCACGGACGGCGAGCGGCUGGUCAAGUCGCCCCAGUGCUCUAACCACGGCCUGUGCGUGCAGCCACAUCACAUCGGUGUCUCUGUCAAGGAGCUCGACCUCUACUUGGCCUACUUCGUCCACACGCCAGAAUCCGGACAAUCAGACAACUCCAGCCAGCAAGGUGAUGCUGACAUCAAGCCUCCUCCUAACGGGCACCUGAGUUUCCAGGACUGCUUUGUGACUUCAGGUGUGUGGAACGUCACCGAGCUGGUCCGUGUGACACAGACUCCUGUUGCCACGGCGUCUGGCCCGAAUUUCUCUCUGGCUGACCUGGAGAGUCCCGGCUACUACAACAUCAACCAGGUGGCCCUGGGCCGGCGCUCUCUCACGUCCCCCCCGUCCACCAGGACUGAAGUGGAGCUAUAUGCAAGUCUUCCGCGGAGCUCCAACAAGCGCAAGUCCAUCGACGACAGCGAAAUGGAGAGCCCGGUGGACGACGUCUUCUACUCCGGCCGCUCGCCUGCUGCCAGCAGCUCCCAAUCCAGCGGCUGGCCCAACGAUGUGGACGCAGUGCAACACCAUUUGGCGAAUGUGCAGGAGAGGAAGAUUAAACAUGAAAACGAUGGCGUGCAGUUUCCGUACCAUGGACUCUCCUCGCCUGGUUCUCUUAAGAAGCCGGGAAAGUUCGAUUUCAGCGCCCUGUCGCCCCAGACGAGGUCGCCCCGCAUGGCGUUCACCCACCACCCGCUGCCAGUGCUGGCGGGAGUGAGACCAGGGAGCCCCCGUGCCUCGGCCUCCGCCCUGCACUUCCCCUCCCCCUCCAUCAUCCAGCAGUCCAGCCCCUACUUCACCCACCCCACCAUCCGCUACCACCACCACCCGGGACAGGACCCCCUCAAGGAGUUUGUGCAGUUUGUCUGCUCGGACGGUUCGGGGCAGCCCAGCGCACAGUCUUGGUUCCUCUGACAAGACCUAUUUGAAAGAGAAAAAAUCGCAAAAUUCUGAAAUCUGGAUAGAAGAAAAUGCAACUUAAAAAAAACAAUUUACAGGAAAUUUCCCUCACACCACUCAAAACCCGAUGAAAAUGGAAAACGUGAUUUUUAACAGGAAAACAAUCACAAAAACGCAGAGGAAAAAAAUGUUCUUGGAGUUUGAAACACGCAAGUUCCAGCGGGGAAGAGGAGAAUGAGGAGAGCAACAGGAGGAACAGCCCAAACUUUUCUUUUUUUCUGUUCAAGCGAUAAUGCAUCGAUGGCAGAGAUUCCUCGGAGCCCUGAAGCACAAACGAGCAAACAUAUCGAUUUCGGGGGCGGAUGCUUUAUCAGUAGAACGGCUUGAGGUAGAGGAAUGUGAAAGUGCUUCCAAGUGAACACUGUUCAGGCCGGUUUUGGCAAACGCACCACCAUAAUUCAGCGCUGCGCACCAUGGUGGGCCACGUCGGGUUUGACCUCACUGCCGAUUCACGAAAGUCCAGCAGAGUUAGUUACAGGUACUCUGAUUGGAUGAACCAGCCGUGGCGGCACAGCCAGCUGCAACCUCAUUGGCCCCCACUGAGCUGCCAGACACCGACUGGCUGAAAUGAGUACCAAGCGCUACUAAUAACACAAAAUGGAAUUAAUUAACACUAAAAGUGUGCUGUCGCACCACAUCAGAGCACUUGUGGGGUAAUUGAGGAAUAUGACCAGGUUGCGCAUUCUCCAGAACCAAUAACGUAGCAGGAAUCCGGUGCAAUGAAUCAUGACAACAGCCAGACUAGGCUUUCAGUAACGCCUCCGAUGGUAACACGCCCGCCCCGAGCCCCGAGCCCCGAAAGAGUACAUGAUCAAUAGGAAAGACCACCCCCAACAUGUGGGACCAGCCAGCACACAGAUAUAAACCCGCCCCAGCACAGUCUAAUCGAGGUACGAUAUGUUACGAUAAAAAGACGGGAAGAGACACUAGGUUCGCGAGUCCAAGGCUUUCCUCCACCUUUCAGUCUUUGUGCCAGAAGUCUCCAGCCUCGCCAAGGCAGACGACACGGUUAACACGGCAUUUAUCUUCAUGCCCUCGGCCGAACGUGAGCGGUCGGGUGCCUCCGUGAGCCGAGCUGUAGCUGCGCCUGAGCUGCGUUAUGUGCUGACGUCCGAGCCCCAGUACCACCACAGGAACGGCGUUUUCCUCCUCGCCCAACGCUCGGCUGCGUGCCGCUUUUUUUCUUUUCUUUUAUUCAGUUGCUUCAAUUCAAUCGUGUUGCUGUCAGCAAUCCAUGGUUUAACCGUCAGUAAUUAGCACAGGUGCUCAUCUCAGACUCUGCCCAAACAGGCGAAGGGAGCGUGCCCCCUAAGGUGGAAGGGGUGUGUCCCACAGUGCUGACCAGCAUUGGCCACUCACAUUAAACAACACUGCCUUGACCUUGUCAAGCAGUGAGUGGCUUGGAAAAGGGGAGAGGUUCACAAACCCCACGUCUCCCGGAAUUUACGUGAAUGUUUACAUCCACACACUCCUGUGGGAGGCGCUGUGGUGCUUAAGAGCUGGAUCCAGCUUCUGUAAAAAAGCAAAGAUGAACUGCAGGAUUGUCCUUGUCACCGUAUUGUGCCCUGCCCCAGGACAUUCAACCCCUUCCCCCAGGGGUGUCCUCGCCAGUUUAUAAAUGAUCACCUCCGCCCACCCAGAUUUGUACACAUUCCCCUUUAAAGUUACUGCAGCCCUUUUUUCCACCAAUGUCAAUUAGAUUCCUUUCGCUGUUGCUCUCAGAGGGAGGGGGCGUGUCGUCCCUAAGCUCCGCCUCUUCUCUCCUCCCAUUCCUUCCCUUAGCUUCAGCUCCAACCAGCCUUCCACCGCAGAACACAAUCUCUCACAGACACAGCUACCACCAGCAAUCCCAUGCAUCCAUGUAACCGCCAUGCACCCCAAUCCCCCGUCGGUAGCCACCGGAGUCACCCAGCACGCUGAUUAACCCCCCCUCACCAGCCCUCGUCGCGUGCAACUCGCACUCACAUGCACACACGCGCAUGCACAGGUCAGCUCAUUGUAGGGAAGUAUUAAAAUCGCACAGCGGAACGCACCAUACACACACUAUAAAGGGAAACCCUGAUCACAGGUUAUCCAGACAACCUUUAUGACUCUACACUUCUGUUCAUUUACUUUCAAUCCUUCGCGAGCAUUUUCUUUAUUAUUAUUAAUAUUAUUAUUAUUAUGCUUUUUUAAGAUGAGAAAUCAAACUGCGGACCUCAUAAAAUAACUGGACUGCCAAGCUGGGGUUUUCUUUGCAGGGAAAUGCUGUUGGUCCCCCCUCCCCUGGGGGCAGUAGUCACCUUCUCAGCCUAAUUAGCCAAUUAGCUCCACUGCAUAAAGUUUUAAGAUGACAGUAGUAAUUCUUUCUUUUUUAAUCUGUGGAAGUGCCUCUGUAUUCCCGUUAUGCAAUGUUUUCAGUAUCGAUUCAGGUUGUUUUUACACGUAAUAAGCUAUAGAGAACAGGAAGGGGGAACCCGGGAGAUCAUUGGUCUCACGGGGACAGAUCGCUAAAGAUUGCAAACAUCUAUAUAUAAAAUAUAUAUCAAAUAUACAUAUAUAUUUAUGGAUAUAUACUUUUCGUUCGUUUUGGGGGGAGAUAAGCUUGCUCGCAGUCUAGUUAUUUUCUGAAGUCAGUCAAAACGGGUCGCUCUCAGUACCAGGACCCGAACGCCGUUACACGCCUCCGCAGCCUUCUGUGGCACCCAGCCAAGCGACACGGCUAAAGUACAAGCCGUCCUUUAAAAACAAAAAAAAAGUGAAAUGAGUCAAUCGUAAUUGACACGAAAUUGAAGAGUAAAACAGCCUCCUUAGUUUUUUUUUUUUUCCUAUUUUGGAUGGAAAGUAUUAUUAUUGAAAAUUAUGUAUGUCGAUUGAGCCACGUGCAAUGCAUUGGGUAGAUAAAUGUGUUUGUCUGUUAGAGAUUUUUAAGAAAGAGAAAAAAAAUAUUUUUGUUUCAAGUCCACAAACUCCGGGACUCUAAAUAUGAGAGUGGAGAAAAUUAAUCCCAGUCUUUGUAAGUUUGGGGAAAUUCUUCUACUUUUUUUCUUUUCUUUUUUUUCAUUUUUUAUUGUUUCGUUUGUAAUAAUUUGCUUUAAAAUGUGGGAGGGCUGAAGGAACAAUUUUACAAAACGACAAAAAUGAUAUAUUACUAAAUAAAACUGGUGCUUUUUACGAUAUAAAGUACAUUCAAACUCUAUUAUACAUAAAUAAUAAUAAACAAAAUUAAGUGUUAUCAUAAAGCACAUUUUAGGAAAAAAAAAACAUUAUUCUUCUUCUAUUCCUCUUUUUGUAUUUAAUGGGGGGGGGGUUCAUUUUCUUCUAGGUUGUGACAAAAGGCAUUUUUCUUCAACCUUUACCCAACUUAGAAAGAGAACCUGUGAGUCUAAACCAGAAAGUGCUGUAAUACCACUCAGUGGAGCCCCCUACUGGAGGAUCAGAGUCAGCCUGCUCGGUCGACCCGCCACGCUCGCGGACGCACCCCCCCCCUCCCCCCCACAACCCAGGAGCCGCCGGGUCGGGGACGUCGUGCAGGAUACACUUAACACAUGGAGCCCCCCCAUGCAGUCGCUGGCAGCUGACAAUAUGUAAAUCUAUCGCAUGCCCACACUCGCCAUGAAGCGCGGACAAGAUCUUCCCUGGCGUGGAAGAUGCAUCAAAACGGCGGAAAAAUAUCUGUUUUGUGGAAAAAGGAGAGAGAGAGAUUGCUUGGAGAGAUGGGAGUCGUGUACCGUGAACUGAUUUUUUUGGUAGAUUUCGUAGAUUAGCAGACUCCCGUCUCAGUCCGAGCCCAGGAGGAGCGAGUGAGAGUGAGACCCCGCGGGCUUUAGGUUUCUGGCCACAAGGAUCACAGACAAGUGUACGAAUCGUGUAAAAAAAGUGAACCCCUCCCCCGAUCCCCGCCCCCUCUCUGAACUCCCCCGUGUAAAUGACUCUUCGGUAGUGUUUGGUGGUGUAGUGUAGAUUACGAGCAUUUAAAGGUUGUCCCUUAAAAGUGCCUUUUGUUCACCGACUUCAUCUUGUAAUCCAGAGCGCCCUUCUAGAAAAAAGUCCCCUCCUUCUUACUUCUCCUAUAUGCUCUUCUACCUUUUCGAAGCCGUAUAUAUAGUACUAAAGGAAAUUGGUGUGAUUUAGUUCUUCUUUUUAUUGUUAAAUGAUAAAAAAGGAAAAAAAAGUACUCUCUCGCUUUCUUACUUUCCCUCUGUGUCUGUGUCUCCUUUCUCUUCCCUUGGACACUGGAGUAGUCUGUAGCCGCGUGUCUGUCCCCCCUGUCACCCCCCCCCAACCCCCCCUUCUCUGAACGGAGGGGGUUUUUAAAAAAAUUGCAAAAACUUUGUCUGAGCAGAAUGCAGUUAGCUCAUGUUAUUCUUGUCUGUACGCUUCACGAUGUAUUACCAUACCGAUCUCUUCAGCUUCUCCAUUGAACAGCUAAUGUAAGUGAACAAGUUACGCCGGUGAGCCCCUGGGGGUGCCACGGGGAGGGCAUCUAAGGGUGGGUGGGCUUUCUUUUUUCCUGGGUGGGGGGGGCGCCAAACUGCUUGCUUUUGGUGGACAUUUAAAGGAUACAAGAACUCCUCUUAGGGACGGUGGAAACGGCUGCUGGGGCACCGAGAGCUUGUUUUUACAAUUCAAUUUUAUUCAUAUAUAUAUAUAUAUAUAUAUAUAUAUAUAUAAAAAAAUUGGGAUCCACCUAGAUAUUUGAGGCCAGGAUGCUGAAAAUUUGGAGCGGGAAUUGAAAAUCACAUGGUAGUUUUUUUUUGACCAGCUAAGUAAAGCGACAGAUCGGAGCAUCAGAAAAAGUGCCGUGUGGGGAGGAAGAGUUUAUAUCGGAGGGCAGAAAAUAAAUCACGUUAGAUUGUAACCGGAAACGGGGAGAGACGGUACCCCCAAAUCCACUGCCCCGCCCCCCCCUUUAGACACUUGUACCUUUGCACUGUUGUGUCCCUACUUGGUGCUUUGUUAUUCCACCAGCAAAACAAAACACAAGUAAAAUGGCCAUUAUGUUUGGCGCCAAAUCUGAUUUUCCCGAAAGCAUCAGUGAGGGUUUUCUAAGUCGAACCAACAUCAGUAUUAACCACGACUGGUGACCGCAACUGUCCAAAGCCACGGCGUUGCGGCGACUCGUGGCCUACUCCUCCUGCCCUGUGAGAGGCGCUGUACCACUUCUGCCACCUCUCCCCCACACGUGCAACGUGCCACUCAGUAGUUGUUUGGUAGGCUGUGCCCCAGCCGCUCCCUCCCCCACCCCAAGCUAUCAGAAGACGUUCAGAGUCCCAGAAAGCACACCUCCAGGGCUCAUGGCGGAAAUGCAUGUGUUAAUUACAGUUUCUUUUCCAUAAUAAUAAAAACAGUUUUAAAAGAGCAGCACCUUUAACUGAUUGAAUAAAAGGAUGUUCUUGACUGUAAA